UAUGCAGGCUGUGAAUACGCUUCUGAAAAACUUUGCCAGGUGCUCUGCCUUUCCCUUCGCUGUACAACAUGGGGUAAAAAAGGACUUGUUUCCACUCCAUAGAACUCUGAUCUUAUCACCUUGCUUAAAGGAGGGCUCUUCACACAGUGCCUCUGAAAAGCUGGAUUUAGAUGAGUGGAAGAAGGUAAUGAAAUCUGGGGCGCAAGAAGCCAGUGAGGCAGUGUCUGAGCAUAACGAGCUCUCCACUGUGGCUGCUGCACGUGAGGCUGUGGAGAUGUGGAGACUGGCUGGCAGGUCAGUUCCUGAAAACAUCAGUGAUGACCAGCUAAAAACCUUAAUGGAGUGCCCUUCUAAGGCAUCUAGGAAGAAGUAUUUAAAGUUCUUGUAUCUAAAAGAACUUUCCAAGAAAAAUGACAAAAUAAAGAUGGAAAAGAAAAGGGAAAGAAGGCUGGAAACCCAGGUGGAGGGCGAUUCAAAACCGCAUGAGAUCAAAAGGAAUUCAUUCAUCUGCUCGUGGGCCAGUGCUAUGGAUAGAAUGCAAAAUUGGAGGGUCGCUCAGUCUAUGAUCUUUGGCCAGCCUCUAGUAUUUGACAUGUCUUUUGAAAAUGAUAUGUCACCCAGAGAAGUAGCAAAUACGGUUAAACAGAUAGUAUUCAGUGAAAGCUCUAAUCGAAAAUCCAUGGAUCCUUUCCACAUUCACUUCUGUAACUUCCAAGAUAACAGCCAAUACCACAGAGAAUUCAUCACACAUUACAGACAGGCAUGGGACAAAUUACUUAUCACUGUGACAGAGCGGUGCUACACAGAAGUGUUUCCGAAGAACAAGAUCAUCUAUCUGACAGCUGAUUCUCCCAAAGUCAUGAAGACAUUUGAGCACGAUAAAGUCUACAUCAUUGGCUCAAUGGUUGACAGAAGCAUCAAGACAGGGGUUUCUUUAGCGCGAGCAAAACGAUUGGGGCUGGAAACGGCCAGUCUUCCACUGGAGAGGUACUUGCUUUGGAGUUCAGGUGCCAAAAAUCUCACGUUGGAUCAAAUGAUGGAUAUUCUAUUAACGCUAAAAGAUACUGGAGACUGGAGGAAGGCUCUGGAAUUUGUGCCAAAAAGGAAAUAUUGUGGCUUUGUAGGCAAGUCUGUUAGUGAUCUGAGAAAAAGCUUAGAUCUGGUGAAUGCACUCAAACUUGGAAAGAGACAGGAAGAAGUACAAGCAAGGCAAUUUGCAAAGAACUACUCUAAGAAGCUAAUACGGAAGUAGAGUGAUUAGGAAGAGAAUGAAAUUUAGGGAUGGAUUAUGC